UAAGAGCGCGGAGCGUGCCCAACUGUCGAGAGCGCGAGAGCAUCGUAGCAUGAUCGCCUGCCGCCUGGCCUGCUGAUGCGUUGAUGCUUUCGGUGUUCGGCUAGGAUUGCACACGUGAGUGGGGUGGUAGCGCGCGCGAGGCGUGAGCUGAGCAUACAUACGACGAUAACGACGACGACGACGGGCGCUGAUAUUAUAGUAAUUUAGGAGCUAUUUGCUCCCGUUUUUCGUCGUCUUGACCUCUCGCUUUUUGUCUGGCUGCUGCUGCUGUUGGUGAUCAACUUCCUCCCCAUCAGCCAGGGGCGACAAUCAGCAACAGAACAGCAGUGAGCGCGACAGAUGGAGAAAAAUCAAUUUUAGGACGGAUGUGCAAGAGGAAAAUUUUCGCGAAUCGUGCUAAAAUGUGAAAAUUUUGUGGAUUUUCGUGGCUUUUAUUCCCGUGCUAGGCCCGUGCUUGGUUGUCUACUUCUAGGUGUGUUCGAUUCCCUGCUCGACAGGAUGAUUACGGCGAAGGAGUACGAUAUGUGAAAAGUUUUUAACGACAUUCCUCUUCCCCUUGGAACAGUUUUUAUCGGAACUGCCUGAUUCGCGCAAAUUUUAAGCCAAAAAAAAGAUUACUACCCAUAGUAGAUAUCCUGGGAAAACGAUGGUCACUAAGAAGACAGUGGACAUAGAGAAAGAAAGGCUAACAAAGAAAAUGUGUUCAAAUAGUGGUACGAGUGGAGCUAGUUCCGGUGGUGGCACUGGUCCUUUGGUCAGCUUCAGUGCGGGGACGACCCACCAUGCUCCUCACAGCCAGGAUGCACCCAACAUUCUGGUGUACAAGAAGAUGGAAGCCAUCAUUGAAAAAAUGCAGGCCGAAGGCUCCGGAGUGUCCGUGCGCACGGUCAAAGCCUUCAUGAGUAAGGUUCCAUCGGUGUUCACCGGAGCUGACCUAAUCGCAUGGAUCACCCAGAAUCUCACCGUUGAAGACGUAACGGAGGCCUUGCAUCUGGCUCAUCUCCUGGCUUCCCACGGUUAUCUAUUUCCGAUCGACGACCAUCAGCUGACAGUGAAGAACGACGGAACCUUCUAUCGCUUCCAGACGCCCUACUUCUGGCCAUCCAAUUUCUGGGAACCGGAGAACACAGACUACGCUAUCUAUCUCUGCAAGCGUACCAUGCAGAACAAAACUCGCCUGGAGCUGGCCGACUACGAGGCCGAAAACCUAGCCAAACUACAGAAAAUGUUCUCCCGAAAGUGGGAGUUCAUAUUCAUGCAGGCGGAAGCGCAGAGCAAGGUGGACAAGAAGCGGGACAAGCUCGAGCGCAAGGUGCUCGAUUCGCAAGAGCGCGCCUUCUGGGACGUGCACCGUCCAAUGCCCGGUUGUGUCAACACCACGGAAGUGGACAUCAAGAAAGCCUAUCGCCGCGGGGCCUCCAGUCUUGGGUCCGGUUCGGCCAACACCGCAGCCAAUAGUAACCCGGCGGAAACCAUGGCCAAGACAAUCAAUCUCCUGAAGCAGAAACUCGAACGACGGACCAUCAAGGUUUCGAAGGCUGCCGAAUCAUACGUUUCGUACUACGAACAGUACAGUGAGUUUGACUACUUUCUAACGGCGCCGGAAUAUCCGAAUCCUUGGCAAUCGGACAGUACUGAACUUUGGGACACGGAAAAGCAGGGCAAAGACAUCGCCAUGAAACGGGUCAAGCGGUGGGGAUUCAGCUUGCGGGAGCUUUUGAACGAUCCGAUCGGACGGGAGCAGUUUACGAAGUUUCUCGACAAGGAAUUUAGUGGAGAGAAUCUCAAGUUCUGGGAAGCGAUCCAGCAGAUGAAGGCCCUGCCGCAGUCCCAGAUCAAGGACGCUGCCAACGCCAUCUGGGACGAGUACCUGGCACCAGACGCCGCCUGUCCCGUCAACAUCGACUCCAAAUCGUUGGAACUGGCCCGGGAAGCGAUCAAGGAGGGCGGCGGCAGCAGCCCGAGCCGUUGGUGUUUCGAUGUCGCGGCCGACCACGUGUUCUAUCUGAUGAAGAGCGAUUCCUACUCGCGCUAUCUGCGGUCCGACAUGUACAAGGAGUUCCUGAACGGGACGAAGAAGAAGACAUCGGUGCGAGGACUUCGAAUAUUCUCCGGCAGAAAAGAUACACCUGUGAUAAACUAAGCAGAUAUGCGUCAAACGUGUAAGAUGAUGAUGAUGGGCUUAUAAGGCCUCCAAAAACAGCACAAAUAUAUGGCGAAACUUUGGCGACAAGAGAAGACUUGUUGAAACAAUAAAUUAACAAUAGCCCCAGAAGUGUACCAUAGAGCGCAAGAGCAGCAACUAUCCGUAGAGAAGCAAAACAAUAUGGUUCAAAACUAAUUGUUCUAGAACAGCAGUAAAUGUGUGUAUAGGAGAAUAUGUCGUACCUAACAUUUGAACAGAAAGCAAACACCUAUACCAUUAGAGGAGAAGCUGAAUCACGCUACUAGAAACAAUAGUGAUGGAUGUCCUAGAAGCUUGGCAAAUUGUGAAAUUUAAAGUUACCAGAGUUAUUCUGACAUGUUACUAAAGCAGAAACUAGAGAACAACAUAGAAAAAAAAAACAAGCCGAAACAGCUACAUACUAAGAAACAAUGAAAGGAAAAAAUGUUAUCAAAACAACCGCGGUAACCCACCAUUACUCGAACAUAUAGUGAGAUUUUAAAGUUUGGAACAGCAUUUUAGUGGAAAUCAAAUUUUUAACAAGUAACUCUAUAAUCAACAACAUUAAUAAUUCCGGCAGUCUAUACCCUUGCUACACAACAGUUCUACGUCUAGUCUUUGGAAUUCUCCAUGCUACAGCCAUUCCAACAAUAGUAACUUGAACAUCAUUUCUCUGUGCAUUUGCAACUCAAAAAUCGACAUUACUUAACGACAUUCAAUCAAAAACAAUAUCCACGCAACUAUAACCCUAGCCUCUAAAUCAAAGUAGUGUAACAGAACAAAAAAAACUUUAAAUCAAUGCUAUCGCAGUUAACUUUCUAAAGAACAGUAAAAA